AUGGAUAUGUUGCGGUACUACGCUGCAGCUGAUAAUGAGAUCGUUCGUGACAAGUUUCGGUGGACGCAGCUAGGGAGAAAAAGAGAGCCCAACGCGUUUCCUGUGGCUUCGUACACCCCACGUUCUGACACGCGAUCGUCUUCUGCCCGACCUGACGCGUUGUCGAUGAGCGCCCCUUCUGUGCUUUUCCCGCCUCCUAUAACUUCCACCACAAAUCAACGUUCGACUGACUUGGGGCUAGCGGCAGUACAGCCCGCUGUGGUGACUACAACUCCACAGGAUAAUGGUGGGAGUUCUUCUGCAAUGACACCUACUGGAGGCUCGAGGAAGCGCCAUGACGAGCCCCUUGAGUCGUCUGUAAAACAUACAAGACGGCGAGUAGAUCCUCCGAAACAAGUCGAGAGCCCAAUUUCCUUUAAUUCAGAGUCAAUACUAACGUCGUAUGAAUCCUGCAGUGCCGAAAGCGUGAUAGAGCACUUGGCGGAUAUCAUACACCUGCACCCUUCUGACCUGUGCGAUCCACUAGAUAUAGUCACUAAGGGCUUUUGGGAGGGCCUUGGACUAUUCUGGAACGCGGAUCGUGUUGCUGAAUGGAAGGGAUCCUUUGCUCUCGAGCCCGUCCGAAAAGACCCUGAAGGAUGUUCGAUGGUUCUCAAAUUCUGGUGGUUGAAACCUGAAAGUUUCUGGCCUAAUGUUCCGGACCUUCCCAGGGACAUGGAUACGGCUAAAUAUCACAUUGGCUUAAUGGACUGUCGAACCGAGAAGCCAAUCCAGUCGGGGCAUGAGAUUACCCUGGAAACACCGGAUCCUGACAAUUUCCCCCUCCCUGACUUCCGGAUACUGGAGCUCCAGUGGAUAUUACACAGGGUAGCCGCCAUCAGCGGAGCAGCUGGAGCGUGGCAUCUGCAUCAAGAGCCUGAGAAAUCCAAAGACAAUGUCUCGGAUCUAUCACCAAAGUUAUCUGCGGCUGCCACCUUCGAUGACAGACACCCUAAAUGA